AGUAAGAUCUUAAACCAUGUUCAAAUUUUAAAUCUAAACAAGUCCCAACUUGUAUAUAGUGACCACUGACCUGUUCAGACUUGUGAUGUACUGCGACAGCGAUAAAUUGUUUAAAAUUUACCGCAGGCAGAGUGUACAUUUCACACUUUUAAUGGUUUAAAUUUUUGUUGAAUAUAAAGUAGUUUUAUAUUUUUCAUUGAGCAGUCGAUGCCGCGAUUUAAGUAAUUUAAUAAUUUAUCUCUAGUUUUCGUAGCUAGCCAGCGCCGUGUUUUUAUCUAACAGUGUUAUAUUAAUCGUUACGACUUGUAUAACAUUACAAUAAAUUUAAUUCUUGACAUCAAAUGCAAACGAUAUGGUGUCGACUGAAAGCGAUAAGAAUAAUGACGUACAACAGUUUAUGUGUCGUUUAAUGAAUCUUAACACCAGAAGAUUGUCUGGCCAGUCGAACUCCAAUGACAUAGAAAAUGCGACGGACACUUUUCGUUGGCUUAGGAACAAUUCUCCCUUUCUUGAAGAUAGUGAUAAAUGCCGAUUGUUGGAUUCAAGACUGAUUGAAAUCUGUUCAUGGUACUGCAAUACUUAUUUUUCCAAUGAGCCCCUGAGCUGUAGUAUAUUGCUACAGUUUUUGGCCAACUUCUCUGUGGGCCACGAGAGCGCUCAGCGUCAGAUAUUUGAAGGUUUCUGUUGCUCAUUAAGACAUUUUAUUGUAUCUUCUCAAGAUUCCAAGCUAUUGAACAAUUCAAUGAUGUUACUGUACAAUCUAUGUUUAUGUGAUGUUAACUUCAGAGAGAAGAUCUUAAAAGAUUUAAAUAUAGUUCAACAGAUUAUGACACAUUGGACUUUAAAAGAAUUAGAAUAUAGUAAAAUAUUUUUAGAUUCAAUCUUUUUGAAUUCAAAAGAUUUCUUAUUGGUCUAUACAAAUCUUCCUGAUUGUUCUAAAGAUCAAUUAAUGAACAUUAUCUCUAUUUGGCUUGACAAUUAUAAUGAAGAAGUAUCUUUAGAUGUCAUUGUUGUAAUAAGGAAUAAUUUUUUUAUCAAUUGUGAUGUAGAAAAAAUAACAAGACAUGUAGUGAAUGUUCUUGCUAAGGCUUCAAAUGUAGAAAAAUUCAAUUCUGAAAUAAAAAAACACACUACUCUUUUAAAAAAAGUUAUGGAUUUGUUGGUAUUCAUACAUAAGUGUUCUAAAGAUAAUGAUGAUUCAAAUGACUUUAGUCGUGUGAAGGAUCUAUCAGCUCUGUUUAAUUCAGAUGUACAAACACACAAUAGAUUUUGGUUCAAAUCGGAUCUAAUACGAUUGAUAGCAAAUAUGUGUUAUAACAAUCAAGAACAUCAAAACCUAAUGCGUUCUGAUAAUAUUAUUCCCAUACUGUUGGAGUGUUGUGCAUUUGAUGCUAAAAAUCCAUUGAUGCGAGAAUGGAGUUUAUUUGCACUUAGAAAUAUUUUAGAAGGAAAUAUGGAUAACCAAGAUUUUGUGGCUAAUAUAGAUUCUGUUGGAUCCGUUGAUCCUGAGUCAUCAGUUACACUAACCGAUACACUUAAAAUGGCUUCAAUUAAGAAUUCUAUUUCAGAUGGCGACACUAUGUUCAUCUAAUUUAAGGUGGAUUAUUAUAUCAAUUAUUUUUUAAUGAAUAAACUAAAUAAAAUUA